AUCAUUACUCCGCCUGCAGACGGGUUUGUGUGAGGUGCAGGAAGAAAGAGAGCACUGCAAAAAGCAAUCAUGCCGAUGUUUGUAGUGAACACCAACGUGGCCAAAAGCGACGUGCCGGCGGCUCUGCUGUCUGAGGCCACUGAGGAGCUGGCCAAAGCGAUGGGCAAACCUGCACAGUACAUUGCUGUGCAUAUCAACGCUGAACAAAUGAUGAUGUUUGGAGGAAAGGGAGACCCCUGUGCACUCUGCUCCCUCCACAGUAUUGGCAAGAUCAGCGGUGCCCACAACAAGCAAUACUCUAAACUACUGUGCGGACUGCUCAACAAACACCUGAGCAUCUCUGCUGACAGGAUUUAUAUUAACUACGUAGACAUGGACGCCGCCAAUGUGGGCUGGAACAACACCACAUUUGGCUGAGAUGGAGUUCAACAAACUGAAACAGGAGCUCAUUCCAGUAGUUUCCAACAUGAAUGAACAUAGUUUUAACAUAGCAGAAUGGAGAAGCAAAGACACCUGGUAAUACGCCGUCAACAUACUGUUCAACUGUCUUAAAUGCACUUAUCUAGACCCUUAAGCUUUGCACUGAUCUUUUCCCGUUACAAUAAAGCAAACCUUGUAGAACAUAAA